CGAACAAACGCCAGCCAGACUGGCGCCGCUAGUAAGCAAAUGAGCGAGACAGCCGAAACUUUUUUGUUUACCGAAGGCAUAUUAGGUUUUUUCAAACAUCGCCCUCACCUGCAGAUUUCCCCGUCGUCCUCAUGUAUUUGACGAAGACGAUGUGAAGCCCUCGACGCGCGGCCCAGUUGUUUUUCUCAGGAAGUGCGGCAGAACCUCCGGCUAAGAUGUCCAUCGCCAGCACACCCACCAGCAACGAUGCGUGCCUGAGCAUCGUGCACAGCCUGAUGUGUCACCGGCAGGGCGGCGAGAGUGAGACAUUUGCCAAACGAGCCAUCGAGAGCCUGGUGAAGAAGCUGAAGGAGAAGAAAGACGAGCUGGACUCCCUCAUCACGGCCAUCACCACAAACGGCGCCCACCCGAGCAAGUGUGUGACCAUCCAGAGGACUCUGGAUGGUCGACUGCAGGUUGCGGGGCGUAAAGGGUUCCCUCAUGUGAUCUACGCUCGGCUUUGGCGAUGGCCGGACCUGCACAAGAAUGAGCUGAAGCACGUGAAAUACUGCCAGUUUGCCUUUGAUCUGAAGUGUGACAGCGUGUGUGUCAAUCCCUAUCACUAUGAACGAGUGGUGUCCCCUGGCAUAGACCUCUCAGGACUCACACUAACCGGCUCCGGACCCAGCUCCUCGCUGAUCGUGAAAGACGAGUACGACUUUGAUGCGCCCCCGACUCUCCCGACUGUCGAUGGCGGACACUCUCUCCAGACCAUCCAGCACCCCCCGUCCGGCAGCCGCCCGCCGCAGGCGGAGCCGUAUCCGACCCCGGGCCUGCUUCCGCCCGUCGAGGUGCCCUCGUCGGUCUCCGCGCAGUCCUUCCCUGCCAUCCCUGCAGGAUCAGGCAGUGCUGGUUCCAACUGGUCCAGGAACAGUGGCUUCCCCCCUAGCAUACCUCACCACACCAACGGUCAUCUGCAGCACCACCCCCCAAUGCCACAUCCAACUCACUACUGGCCAGUACACAACGAGCUCGCCUUUCAGCCUCCGAUAUCCAAUCAUCCAGCGCCUGACUACUGGUGCUCCAUUGCUUAUUUCGAGAUGGACGUCCAAGUCGGGGAGACAUUUAAAGUGCCGUCUUCUUGCCCCGUUGUGACGGUGGACGGCUACGUGGACCCCUCCGGAGGGGACCGGUUCUGUUUGGGCCAGCUCAGUAACGUCCAUCGUACUGAGGCUAUUGAGAGAGCGAGGCUUCACAUCGGCAAAGGCGUCCAGCUGGAGUGUAAAGGAGAGGGAGACGUGUGGGUGCGAUGCCUCAGUGACCACGCAGUAUUUGUUCAGAGUUACUACCUGGACCGAGAGGCGGGCCGAGCCCCAGGAGACGCCGUGCACAAGAUCUACCCCAGUGCGUACAUCAAGGUGUUCGACCUCCGUCAGUGCCACAGACAGAUGCAGCAGCAGGCCGCCACGGCUCAGGCGGCGGCGGCUGCUCAGGCGGCUGCUGUGGCGGGGAACAUACCUGGUCCUGGAUCGGUCGGAGGAAUCGCUCCAGCUAUCAGUCUCUCUGCCGCCGCCGGCAUUGGGGUCGAUGACCUCCGACGGCUCUGCAUUCUCAGGAUGAGUUUUGUUAAAGGCUGGGGGCCCGACUACCCCCGGCAGAGCAUCAAGGAGACCCCGUGCUGGAUCGAAAUCCACCUGCACCGGGCCCUGCAGCUCCUGGACGAGGUCCUUCACACCAUGCCCAUCGCUGACCCCCAGCCUCUGGACUGAGACCCUCCAGCUGCAGGUCCUCGCCCGAACACACACGGCCAGCGACUCGCCUUCCUCAGUGAACUCCGGACGGUAAAAAAGUAAUGAUAAAUAGACAAAUGUUUUCAGGCGUGCUCGAGGCGUCGCGUUGCACUAAGGCUCCAGCUGUUGCUCACAGCAACAAGAGCCAAAGCCAUCUAUUAAAACUCGUUUAAUGCAUGGCUUUAACUGUAGGACUUUGUAGAAACUAUACACCAACACGCACAUAAAGGACACCAGCUACUGACGACCUCCGACCUCACUGAACCGUCGAGGAGCUGCGUGCGUUUUUCCGAGGAUGGCUUCAAACCCGCAGCUGCAGAGGCGAAGGUCACGCCGAUCACUUCCUGGCAGCCAGAAGCGGCCGGGACAGGAUGUGGGAGAUCAACACAACAAUCAGAGAGAGCCGCUCUUAUCUGAUGCAGAGUUUCAGCCACUGGAGUCGAGACGCGUCUGAACACGUCCAGGUCAGCUGUUGUCAAAGGGUUUGUUUUUUUUGUUUGUAUUUUUUUUUGUUUUUGUUUUUCAUAAGAUAAACUUCAGUUCUUUGCUGGGAAGACAAGUCUCUGUUUCCAUCGUCUCUGUUGAACAAGAUAAGUGACAAAGAGCUGAACUCCUGCUCUGUGUGCACAAAAUCAGUGGCUUGCAAAAGUAUUCAUACUUGGUUGUUGAUUUAUUUAUUUUUCUUAGAAUUUUUGUUAGAUUACGAUCACAUUUUUAAUUUCAACCCAGGUGUUUUGUGUCCUAGAGGAAAGCAAUGUUUUCUGCAUUGUUUUUAAUAUUCACAGGUAAUGAUUGUGUAUUAUGAUGAGAUACUAUGACUAGGCCAUUUAAAAACAGGAAUAUGCUUUGACUCCCAUCAGCUUUGCAGUCACUGCUGAAUACGGGCGUUCCCACAGCAUGAUGAUGCCACCGCCAUGCCUCACGGUGGCGAUGGAGGUUUUCCACCUCGCUGCCUGUAGGCUGUUGACGCAGUUUGGUCUCAGUUUCAUCUGAACGAAGCAACUUCUGUUACAAACAUGGCUUGUGGCAAAACUGCGAAAAGGCUUUUUCUUCUUGCCGCUCUUCCUUACAGACCAGAUUUGUGAAGAGAUCUGCAGAUCAUCCAAAGAGUUUCUCUGAUUGUUGCUCUCCUUGCAGUGCCUUGUCUGGGUUUCCAGGUGUCAUUUUUCCAUUCUUUAGAAAAUGGAUUGAGCUCUGUUGGAUGGGAAUUCGUUUGCUUAUAGCUUCAUCUCUGAGCUGUUUAAUGUGCUCUGAAUGGAUUUCAUUGAACCGCGAUGGAGUAAAAGCGGCCGAAUGCAAAUGCUUUGAGUCCACUGACUUCUGUUAUUUAUUCCCACAGUCAUUGUGUGCUGUAUUACAUGUGAUCACCAUUAAUUUUAUUGCAGUUUGCGGUUGCAGCAGGAAAAAAUGUGGUGUAAAUACUUUGGCAAGGCCGUAAUUUUCCAGCUGGCAGCCUGUGUCACUCCUGAGUCAAAUUCCCUCAAAAGAACUCCUGACCACAUGUAAACGCCGUACUUGACAGCCUGCCGACUCUUAGUCACGGACACAAUUAUUUUUAAGAAGCUUCUGUUUUAUUCCACCGCAGAGAUUGGGUUAUUUACCUUCUCAGCGGGAGAGAAACUCUUCUGUUCAAUGCGGGAGUGACGCAAUCAAGCAGAGAAGAGACUGAUGUUGAUCUCAGUACAAAGAUUGAGGUUUAUCUGUGUUUCUUUGGUGACCACAAGUGACAAUUUCUGAGGAAAGAAAACAGUCUGUUGUAAAGAUUAAACAGAGGAAAGUCCAGGAAGUCCUGAUUUGAAUCUGUUUCCAGUCAUAUCUGACACAAGGGUUGGAGUCCUGACAGCUGCACUCCUCCUUCAGACUUUAUCCAGGUUUACUGUGUGAAGCUUGACAGAAAAACAAUUAGAGGAUUUAUAGCCUGUGCUCAGCCUUUGUUACAUAUUUUGUUGUUGUUGUUUUUUUUCCUACUUUUUCUGGUUUAUUUGUUCAUUUGUAGCACUUUACCUUUGACUAAAGGAGCGAAUAGGUCAGUUGAGAACAAGUUAAAGAUUACAAACCGAACAUUGGAUUCAGAUUUAACACUUAAACUUUCAACCCUUCACCUUUCAUCAUUUGAACUUUUUAUUUUUUUUUCCUAUUGUCCUCAUAAACCUAUGUAGACAUCUUUGGUUUUCAAAUGCUUGCAGACUUUUGUAUGAAACACUUUUUCCCAUUUAAGUUAUCGAAGUUGCUGCAGAUCAGUGAUGUUGCACUCAGCAGGAGCGGCACAUAAAGUCACAUCCAGACCAUGUUUGGCUUCUUUUUACUUUAAAUUAAACAUUAAAGCAGACACACCUUUAAUCUGUGCUGUUUAACAUCCAAAUUUUGCACAGGCUUUGUGGUCUAGUAGUUUAAAAGACAAGCAAGAUGUUACUUCUCUUCGAAGGAAGAUAAAUUAUUGAAUUUAAAAGCCUUUUGGCCAAUUUUAGGCUUUUUUGUCUGAAGUUAAUUGUCAAAAUAUUCGUUUAUUUUCAUUUAUCAAGGGCCAAAAAUUGCUGCAAUUUAAUGAAUAUUUGAUCAUUUAGAUCAUGUUUAAAAAUCUACAUCAAAAUGUCAUUUAGUAAAUGCAUAAUUAAAUGUGGAAAUAUUUAUGCAUUUAUAGUUUCACACAGUAUAUAAUUGUAGCAAACGAUAAAUUACAGUUUUAAAUGAUUUCUGUAAUUGAUUACAAUUUGCUCAAAUUUCAUAGUUUAUGUAAAUGAUCAGUGGCACUUUUGGUCCUGAACGUUUUCCGUAAUUCGCCGUGUUCUUCUGACCAGCAGCGUUUUGCUCGCGGUGAUUCCAGUCGUGUCGUCCAGUCAGCCCGUCACUGUCCAGUCCUGAGUGGGUUUUUUUUUUCUGGUGGAAGUGCAGGAAGCGGCGUGUUUUCUGCCGAGAGUUCAUGCUGAAUCGAAUCUAAAAGUGUGCUUUUAAAAGGUGAAAAAUAUAUAUUUUUUUUCGUUUUGUUUUUUUACAUGAUUUGCAGUUAGUGUAGCAGCCGAAAGACGGCUUGGGUGAGUUAAGUGUUGACUACUAUUUCAGAUCUAAUUGUACCUGCUUUUCUCAUGUGAGAGAUUAAAUGUGGACUGCUUUUCUCCA